AUGGCGGUGAAGGCCGCGUACGACACCCUGUCAGACCCCGACCGGCGCCGCGACUACGACGCCCAAAACUCGAUCCGCCGCUUUGGCUUUUUCCGGGACGUGGAUGAGCCCGGGCCGUCCUCAGCAGGAGCAGGGCCCGGGGGCAUGGGCGGCGGCGGUGGCGCAGGGCGCGGUGUCAACCCCUGGGACGCUCACAGGCGCAUGUGGGAGGAGGACGAGGCCGAGCAGCGGCGGCAGCAGCGGCGCGCAAACGGCGGCAGCGGCGGCCGCCGCGACGACGAAGAUGGCGAGGGCGACGAGGGCGCGCCGCCAGACCCCGCCGAGUUCCUGGAGCGGCUCAGCCGCGCGAUGCGCGGCGGCGGCCCCGGCGGCCUCUCUGCCUUCCAGUCGGGGCGCCUGGACCCGUUUGGCACCAGCAGCAGCGACGCCUGGUUCCGCAGGGUGGAGCAGCAGACCAGCUCGCCGUUCGGCGGCCGCCCCGGCGGCGGCUUUGGGCGCGGCCUCGGCGGCGACCGUCUGCGGGGCAACCCGGAGUGGGAGCCGUUCCGGCCGGGGGACGGCGAGGACGGCUCGGCCGACGGCUGGCGGCGCCCGGGGCAGCGGCCGGAGUGGGAGCGGCGGCCGGGGUGGGGGCGGCCGGACGACGAUGAUGAGGAGGGCGGCGGCGGCGGCGGCGGGAGCAGGCCGCUGAAGGGGGACGAUUUUAGGCGCGGUGGCGGGGGCGGCGGCGGGUUCCGUGGCUGGUAG